AUGCUUGCAUCCGUUUGCUGGUCUCGUCUUCCAGAUAUGGAUAACAAUAUGGAUCAGGAUGAGUUCACAAUAAACUCAUCUUCACCUAGUCAUUCGCUCACCUUGUCUGUUCCUGAAUCUGUGGAGAAUACGUCUGCUUCCAUCGCUAACUUAAAAACUGAUCCACCUACCUGUUCCCAAUGCGGGAAGCAAUUUGCCAAUAUUUACCGUCUACAACGUCAUCAGCUGAGUCACAGCGACGGUGAAGAGUUGAGAAUACAUCGCUGUACCCAGUGCAGCAGGGCCUUCAAAUUCAAGCAUCACUUGAAAGAGCACAUUAGAAUUCAUACGGGGGAGAAGCCAUUUGAAUGCAAACAUUGUGGGACACGAUUCAGUCAUUCGGGAUCCUAUUCUAGUCAUAUGUCAAGCAAGAAAUGUACUUCACGGUCUACUAAUUUCAUUUCAGAUGGGCAACCUUCUAAUCCUUCCAAUAACAAUGGAAAUUCAACGCUUUCAGCCUCGCGGCAUCAAGGAACACGUUUUCCGAUUGCACUCGAGAAAGAGAGCAUUCCAAUUUCUAACCCAGAGGGUAAUUCCAGGAUUUCUCAAGAACAAGUUAAACAACCUACAAAUGACAGGGGACCAGACAACCAAAAAUUGAAUGUCAUAUUACAAAACAAUCUUCCAGGGAGGAGAAAAACAGACGUCGGAUCAACUCCCUUGGCAACAUCUAAUCAGAAUGCACCUCUUGAUUUGUCGAUUUCCAGGAGGAUAUCAUUUGAAGACUUGAAUAAAAUAGAGCCUUCUUCAUCAACUCCUCAGUUAAUUUCUGCAUUUCCUCUUCUGUUACCUAGUCAAAUUUCGCCCACAACCAUAAGUUCGAAUCCGCAGUCUCAAAUGCUCUCCUCCAUGGAAACAAGUCGGAAUCAAUCAAGAGAGCCUUUGCAAGAACAAUCACAAUCACUUUUUCAAAAUACCCUUCUUUCGAACUAUCAACAGUAUUUGAACCGGAUAACAACAUUAAUGGCCAAUCAAAGUCAAACUCCAAUUGCUCCAUCACUUCCACUCUCAACCUCACCGUUUACCUUUCUACUUCCACCUCCUUUAUUUAACCCCAUGACGUCAUAUUUGGGUGGACCUAUGAAAGAUCAGUUUCCUCAAAGUGGAAGAACCCAACCCCAGGAGAAUCAAUCCACUCCCCCCAAUUCAUCAGAGAAUUCAACAAGAAAGACUACUCUUAAACGCGAAACUUCAGAUUUCGGAGAGGAUACGACAUGA